UCAAAUUCACAAAAAUCCCGCUCCCUCUCUCUCGGCCUGCGCUUCUUUCCAUUCGCCUACACGAAACCCUAAGCGAGAGAGUAGGAGAGAGGAAGAGAAACCCCUCGAUCGAUUGGCGUAGCAAUGGCGACCAACAUAGGGAUGAUGGAUGCGGCUUACUUCGUCGGUCGGAACGAGAUCCUGGCGUGGAUCAACUCCACCCUACAACUCAAUCUCUCGAAGGUCGAAGAGGCAGCGUCGGGGGCGGUGCAGUGUCAGCUGAUGGACGCCGUCCACUCAGGGAUCGUGCCGAUGCACAAAGUCAACUUUGAUGCCAAGAGCGAGUACGAGAUGAUCCAGAAUUACAAGGUCCUUCAGGAUGUCUUCAACAAACUCAAGAUCACCAAGCACAUUGAAGUUAACAAACUUGUGAAAGGAAGGCCCCUGGAUAAUUUGGAGUUCAUGCAGUGGAUGAAGAGAUACUGUGAUUCUGUUAAUGGCGGUGUCUUGAACAAUUAUAACGCUCUGGAGAGAAGAGAUUCUUGUAAAGGUGGAAAAGAAGCGAAUAAGAGGGCAGCACCUUCUCAAACAUCAGUCAGAUCUUCGUCUGCUGUCCUUAAAACUCAAGCUUCACAUACCACAAAAAAGAAUGAUGGGCAUGCUGGAAAUGCAUCACAUAAAGCCACAAAACCUGAUACCUCUGUCUCUCAAGCAUAUGAUGAAAAGAUCACAGAGCUGAAGCUUUUUGUGGAUAGUCUUGAAAAAGAAAGGGAUUUCUACUUUGGUAAACUGAGGGACAUCGAGAUCUUGUGCCAGAACCCUGAGAUUGAGCAUCUACCUAUUGUUGGUGCCAUUCAGAAGAUCCUGUAUGCUACAGAUGAUAGCUCAUCUGUUGUGGCAGAAGCACAAGCCAUGAUAGCGCAGCAACAGAGUGGAUCGCCACCGCUCAGCCCAAUCCUCGAGACAUCUGAAGAAAAACCAAAACAGGAAACACAGAAGAGAAAGGAUAUCUGUACCCUCGAGUUCGACAUGGCAGCCAAUUCGACCUUGUCCCCAAGACAGAGGCUUUCCGACAUCUCAGAUGUGCACUGCUGUGGUUCACCGCUAACAAAUUUCUGAAAACUUUUGAGUUGAGUCAGGUGCUUAAAUAGCUCUCUUGCAA